AUGAAUUCUUCCACUUUCCUUCCAGGCAACAAUGAUAAAACUGUCAGAACCCAAUCAACAACUUUUCAUAUACAACCACAUUCUAAACAAAAAGUUUCUUACUUUCACCAUAAAGAUGUUGGAAACUUUCACUUUGGUUUACAACAUCCAAUGAAACCUCACCGUUUGACUUUAACGAACAAUUUGGUUCUAAGUUAUGGCCUGCAUAAAAAAAUGACGGUUUAUUGUCCGCCUAAAGCGACCGAUGAUGAAUUAAUGGAAUUUCAUGAAACAGAUUAUAUCAAGUUCCUAAAAGAAGUAACACCAGAAAAUUCUGAAGAAUUUGCUGAAGAUUUUCCUAAGUUUAACAUAAGUGAGGAUUGUCCAAUAUUUGAGGGAUUGUAUGAUUUUUGUCAGAUAUAUGCAGGUGCUUCAAUAGGCGCGGCACAUCAAUUAGCAUCAGAUGGAGCUGAUAUAUGUAUUAAUUGGAGCGGAGGAUUGCAUCAUGCGAAAAGAUUUGAAGCUUCAGGAUUUUGUUUUGUAAAUGAUAUAGUUUUGGCGAUUCAGCAUUUAUUAAGGUUUUAUCCGCGUGUUUUAUAUAUUGACAUUGAUAUACAUCAUGGUGAUGGCGUACAAGAAGCAUUUUACGCUACAGAUCGAGUUAUGACAGUAUCAUUUCAUAAAUAUGAUAGUGGCAGCUUUUUCCCCGGAACUGGAAAUAUAAGCGAAAUUGGUUAUGGAUUGGGAAAAUUCUUUUGUUUAAAUGUACCUCUCAAAGAUGGAAUUGAUGACGAUAGCUACGUUUCAUUAUUCAAGGAUGUUAUAUUAGAUGUAAGAGAUCAUUAUCAGCCGAGCGUUAUCGUAUUACAAUGUGGAGCAGAUUCUCUUGGAAAAGAUAGAUUAGGAGGUUUUAAUAUAAGUAUUAAAGCUCACGGAGAAUGUGUAAAAUUUAUAAAAAGUUGGCAGAUUCCUUUGUUAGUUCUUGGAGGUGGCGGUUAUAGAAUUUCUAAUGUAGCAAGAUGUUGGACUUAUGAAACUGGAAUAUUACUUGAUACCGAAUUACAGCCUGAAUUACCACAAAAGAAUCAUUAUUAUAAUUUUUUUGGUCCAGAUUUUUCAUUGCAUCCACCACUUGUAAGAAAGAUGGAUAAUUUGAAUACAAGAAGUGAACUACAAAAAAUUUCACAGCAAGUUCAUGAAUUGUUGAGAUUUUUGGAUGGAGUUCCUAGUGUUCAAAUGCAAGAACUUCCAGGGGAUUUACAAGGUAUAUUGGAUGAAUCUGAUGAGGAAUUAAGAGAUGCAAGGGAAGAUCAAACUGUUGAUGUUAGAGGUAGAAAACGUUUAAUGUGGCAUGAUAAUGAAUAUUUUGAUGGAGAUAGUGAUAACGAUAAAGAUGACGAUCAAAAUAUGGAUGUUGAUUUAAGCUAAAUUAUGUAAUAUUCAUUAUUAUGAGAACGCAACACGUAUAUGAUUGCAAUAUUUGAG